AUGAAUAGUACCAACAGCACUAAUAGUAACAACAACAACAACAACAACAACAACAUUAACAACCAUUCAAAUAGUUUACAAGAUAAUAAUAAUAAUAAUAACUCUACCAGUACAAAUAAUAGUAACAUGAUAGAAAUUAUUGAUCCAACAACAACAAUACCGCAGCAACUUGAAAUUGAUCAUCAUGAAAGGAUAAAGGAUAUAGAUCCAAUAUUCUUAUCAAGCGAUGAUAGCAUUGGAAGAGGUGAAACAACAAAUGGAACCAUUGGAACUAUCAAUAGUUAUAUGGAAUCUCUUCAUCUUAAUCGAUCAAGUAAAGAAGGAGAUGCCGAUGAUAAGUCUUCAUUAUCCUCUUCAUCUUCAUCUGUCAUUUCUACAACACCAAUCAAUGGUAUAACUGGUGCUGAUUCUCCUUCUCUUGUGCCUGCUGAUGAAACUACUACAACUACAACUACCACCACGACAACAACAACCAAACCAAACAAAUCUUUGACUAGUACAUUUGAUCCACGUGAUAUUAACAAUGACAUAACAGCAGCACCAACAAUUACAACUACUUCCACCACUGAUUCCACUGUAGCAAACAAUGGUAAUAAUAAUAAUAAUAACAAUAAUAAUACUUGUUUAAGUGUUCAAGGAGAAGGAGAAAUGAUUAUCCUUACAAAUGCACAAAGAUUUCAAAGAUCACCUAUAUUUAAAGCUUUAAAACCUCCACCAAUGAGAGAAAAUGUUAAUGGAUUUCCAAAGAUACCAAAUAUAACACAUAAAGAGUUUAUGUGGUUGGAACAGGUAAUUAAAUGGAGUAGAUACGAUAGUGAAGUCAUUUAUAAAUUGUCUAGAAUGGGAAUUCCACCGAGAAUACGUGGGUUCAUUUGGAGAUUGGCCAGCGGCGCAAUCGAAUUGGAAAGAAAAAACAUUGGUGUCUAUCAAUUCUUUUUAACCAAGUCGGCAGAAGAAUAUGAAUACAAGAUAUCAAAAGAUAUAUCACGUACAUUUCCAAAAAUUGAAUUAUUUGCUCAAGAACAAGGUCAAGUAACAUUGUUUAAUAUAUUAAAAGCAUAUUGUAUAUUAGAUCCAAUUAUUGGGUAUACACAAGGAAUGACAUUUAUAGCAGCGAUUUUAAUGCACGAAAUGGAUGAAGUUGAAUCAUUUUGGGCGUUUGUAUGCUUGAUGAAGAAUUAUAAAUUAUCAACCAUCUUUUCAAAUGAUCUAGCACUCUUGAGAGAGAAUCUCUAUGUCAUUGAUCGUUGCAUUGAAACUGUCAUGCCCAAACUCUUUUCUCAUUUAAAAGAGGUUGGUGUCACUCCAGUUUUAUUUGCUUCGGAAUGGAUAUCGACACUCUUUACCUACAACUUUGAAAUAGAAAGUAGUAAACGUAUUUGGGAUGUAUUUUUCUUUGAAGGAAGAUACUAUCUCAUUCGUGUAGUACUGGCAGUACUCCGUAUCUACGAGAAACAUCUAAUGUCUUUACAAUUUGAGGAAUGUGUAGAAUUCCUUAAAAAAGUUGGAUUUUCAAUUAAUAUUGAUUAUUUAUUACAAGUUACCGAUACUAUCAUUAUUUCAACGGAAUUAUUUACAAAAUUUGAACAAGAAUUUAACGAUCCUGAUGCUCCUCCAAGUGAUUACUUUUAA